AGCUACCUGUGACAAUCCCGCCGCUACUCCAUUCCUGCAAAAUGACUUCCGGACACGGCAACGUUGUUCCCUCCCUCUCCCGUUCCAAACACUGAUUAACGACACUCAGUAUGAAUUAUGCGAGCGUACACGGUCGCUACCAGUGGACUUUCACUGUACGCACGUCCAUUUAACGGACAUCGGAACGUCUACUCGCCAGUGUCGGUUCUCGUGAACAGAGCAUUUGGGGGAUUUCUGAGAGGUCGCCGGUGGUUGGGAUUUUGAACUGAAGGUCCGAGAGGACUCCUUUCACCCGGUGGCGGAUUUGAAUGACAAAGGAACGAACUGGGAGUUAAAAAGACGCGAAUUUGCAGGAUGGAAUAUCUAUCUCUUCUACUCUUGUUUUUAUCGAUGGGUGUAUCCCAUGCCAGGGUGGUGUCUGUGUCCCCUGGCCCUCUGCUCCGUGUGGAGGGCCAACCUGUCUCACUGCGCUGUGAUGUCACUGGCUACGAGGGGCCCAGGGAGCAGGAUUUUGAUUGGACCAUGCAGCAGGGGGGUGCGGGGCCUAUCCAAGUAAUCUCCACCUUCGAACCAAAGUACUCGGACGUGUCGCUAAGCGACCGGGUGGCCAGUGGUGACCUGAGCGUGGUGAGGCUGGGGGACAGCGUGGUGGAGCUGAGGAUACAGGAAGUGAGGUCUUCAGACAGCGCCACGUACCUCUGCAGUACACCCAGUACGGACUCUUUCUUCAGCGGGAACUACAAAGCAGGGGUGACGCUCAAAGUCAUUGCUAACACCCUGAAGGUGGACCCGGAGGCCCCAGAGCCCGUGAUCCCCGAGGGUGGUGACAUCACCCUCUCCUGCAACGUCACCCGCCACUUCACUGAUCCCACCUACCUGUCCGUCACCUGGUCGCUACGGAGACCAGGUAUCCCAUUGGUGGACAUCCUGACCGUUGGCCCAGAUGGGGAUGUGGUCACAGGAAGUGGCUCCGCCCAGCGCUAUGCUGACGGAGGGCUCCGAUUGGCUAAUCGCAGAGAUGGGGCGUUUGGAUUGGUUGUUGCCGGGGUGACGCAGGCUGAUGCAGGGAUGUACGUGUGCACGGGGAAGGAAUGGAUUCACGAGGAAGGGGGUCAGUGGAAGAACAUCGUGGAGAAGACUGUGGAGAUGGGAGCUGUGGCAGUCACACCUACAGCUCGUUCCCUGUCUGUCGUGGCCAAGUCCAACACCACGCUCAACAUGGACGACACCCUGACCCUCACCUGCCUGGUCUCCGCCGGAAACUUGGCCUCCCUGGCCCUGGAGGUGACCUGGCUUGUGGACGGACGCACAGCGGUCAGCUUGGGCCGUGACGGGGUGGUCUCAAACGGGUCCCCCUCGGUGGGGCUGGAGCGUUUGGGGCCAGGGGAGUUUAGGCUGGUGGUGUAUGGGGUAAGGGGGUCUGACAAGGGGAUGUACUCCUGUAGGGUCCGGGCCUGGGUCGGAGGAGGAGGAAGAUGGUACCAGGCUGCAGAGAAGACCUCCAACCCAGUACAAGUUCUAGUCACACAGAUCAAGCCUAAUUUCGCAGUGACCCUUACCCCCUCGUCGACCCCGCAGGUCACAGGUGACCCCACAGAGCUGGCGUGUCAUGUGACCAACAUCACACACUUCCUUGCAGGGGGCCGACUGGGCGUGGCCUGGGAGUACACACCACUUCCUGGUCCACCCGGCGACCGCCUGACAACCACGCAGACCACCCUCCCUAUUGGUUCCCUGGAUGCCCACGGCAACCUGAAGUCUGGGACGUUGUACCGUGAUAGGUUGGAGUCUGGUGCCAUCCUUCUGACCCGAGUAGAGCCGGAUACAUUCAAGCUCCGCUUCCUACGCACACAGGAGGUGGACAUGGGGGCGUAUGCGUGCAGUGUGACAGCGUGGACUCCCUCUAGGCAGGGUGGAAUGGAGGAGGUAGCAGAGUUCCUCACCCCCCCUCUGACCGUCCGAUGGGAAGCCAAACGUCCGUCUCUAACCGCCGUGGCGCAGCGUGUGCGUGAGGCGGUGGCGGGCGGAGCCACCUUUGAGAUGAGCUGUACCAUAUCCCAUGUGCACUUGCAGGACCCGGGCUACUCUGUGCUGGUGCAGACUCAGGAGAGCUUGGACUCUGCCACCAGAACCGUCCUCUCUCUCAGUCCUGACUCUGUACUACAACAUGGAGGGGCUACUGACCCUAACCGCAGGGACAGCCUGGUUCUGACUAAGACGGGUCCGGCUGAGUUCCGCUUCCGUCUGGCCGGAGUGCAGCAGGCUGACAGGGGCUUCUACUGGUGUGACAUCACCGCCUGGACCAAACAACCAGGCCAGGCCUGGACCAAAGCUGUCAGCGCCAAGUCCAACAAGGUCCAGAUCAACUUCCAGGAGACUGGCCCCACAUUCGCCGUGGCCAUCCACUCUGACACCACCACUGUGUAUCCCUGGGAGACCGCCAAGAUGGUGUGUGCCCUCAGCGUCUCUGGAGCAUCCCCCAAGUCAGAUGACCUGGCCUACGAGGUACGCUGGUACCUCACGCGGCUGAGAGGGGGGAACAAAGGCACCCUACUGGCCAGCGUGGACCGCUUCGGUCUGGUCAAGAAGGAGGCGCGCAACACCAGCAGUGACGUGUCCCUGGAGCGCACAGACACACACACCUACGCCCUGAACAUCCACGCCACCCAGGACAGCGACAGCGGGGAGUACCACUGCCAGGCCACGCCCUGGUACCGGUCUGCCUCCACAGGGGCCUGGACACACGGGGCAGACCUCACCUCUACCAAGGUGUUCCUCACUGUACGAUUCCCCAUGUGGGACUCUCUGAAGCUGCCUCUGCUGUACGGUUCUGUAGCCUCUGUGUCCGUGGGGCUCUUCUCUCUCCUCCUGGGUUUCAUCUGUGCCCACUGCUGCUGCCGCAACACCACACACACCCCUCGCUCACGCAACAAACUCAUGGACCUGGAGAUGGAUUGACUAGCACAGGCCCGCUGGAGCGACCACCGCUUCUCCAGCUGAUGAACUACGAGCACGCGCGACGUUACCGCGCCGGCACAUUACCACGGCAACGGCAGACAAUUGACCAAUCACAGCCCUUCGGGUGCACUCCGUGGAGCUUUUAAGCGCACCAACGGGAGAGGAGGAGGAGAGACAAUAGGACAUUUACUGUGGAUCUGUAGAGGGGGAAAAACACUGAAUAAACUGCUAAAGGAGAGAGCAGGAUAUCUAGUCUGCCUAUGUGAACAUAUUGAUGUUAGGUAUUGCACAAAACAGCCCUGGAGUAUUCCUACCUUAGUGGACUUUGUCUACGUUUGUCCUCAACACUAGUUUUUGAAAUGAGACUGCUUUUAAAUGGAGAUGUGUGUGUGUAUACUAUGUUUGUGUGGUUUGCCACACCGGAGGCUGGGAAAGAGAGCCGCUUUACCCAUUUUGUCCUGCCCUGUUCCUGGUGUGAUGUCAUAUCCUGGUGUGAUGUCAUUUCAGUGACUCAACAGCAACUAGCCAGGUUCCCUGGGGCACGUUGAUGACCUCAGAGGCUCUCCUGUAGAGCGAGUGAAAGACACUAUGGACCCAGACUUCACCUGCUGUAACCCCCUACACUGACCCUGGUGCUACCCCCACUGUGAAUGACAUUGAUGUAAUAUGGGGCAGGUUGAAGAGCAAGGUGGCCAUUAAGGGAGAAUGGACUAAUGGUUGACUGAGAGGAGUGGUAUGAUAUGGACUGACACAGAGGGAGAGAUCGUUUAUAUAGGUAGCAUACUGGAUUAAUGUGUGGAACCAGCUGGAACUUGCAGUCCUCCACACACUAUCCCAGCCAAUUCCUGGCUCUAACUGAAGGAGUCCCAAAGUGGCUUCCUCGUCUCCUCUCCUUCAUCUGCACUGAUCAAUAAACACAGGAUGGAUCUAAGCAAUAUAAUGGUUGAAGCCUACCCGUUUCAUUCACAUCAGUGCAGAUGAAGUCAGAGCAUGGAGAUACACCCCUGGAAUGCAAUGGAGCAGGAUUAGAGAGAGAACUGUUAACAAACCCAUUCCUGAAAGGAACCUCCAUGUCACCUCCCAGUUUAGUAGGGCCCAGUCCCUUAGGGAGUCUUCUUCCCCUGUCUCUGGUACAGUACAAUAGCUGUGUGUCCAUAGAAAGGAAGUGUGUUUGUAUGUAUGGCUCUCAGGGCUGUUGUGUGUUCCUGGGGUUAGUGGUUGGCCCAGCAGUAUUAUAAUUACCCCAACCUAGACCCAGAAGGCCUUUUUAGUGGUCCUGUACCUGAUGUCAACUACCACCCCUGAAAUGCUACCCUGUCUAUACACACACUCCAUAUGCUGUCAACACUCAACAUACUGACAUGCACAACAACAGUUAAACACACACUCCUCUUACCCAAUGCCAUGUACCCAAACAUCUACAAAUAAAAUCACACUCCUCGUGCACACACACAUACAACCCUACACACACACACACACUGUCCUGUAUACACACUGCCAAUGUAACCCUGUGUGAAUGCACAUCUUGUGAGAGGCACCAGCUGUAUCUAGGUUCUGGCCAGGUACCAACUGGGGCUUUGGCUCUGGGAUCUGACCUGGUUUAACUCACUAGCGCCACCGACGGGAGAAGAGCUGCUGUGUGCCAUUCAAAAAAAACCAGGGCCCUGUUAAAAUACUUAGAAAUUGCAUCGUUCCUAAUCUGACAUGACUGGAUUGGUGAAAGAUGUGUAGUGGAACCCUGGCUUACAGCUGCCAUACAUCUGUAUAAGGUCAGACAUGUACUUGAAGGAAAGAGAUGCAUUUUAUAGUAUUGGUAUCAGGCCUCGAGCUGUCCCACUGUGUGGGUGAAAGGUGUCCCUAAGCACUGACCCAAGGUCUGUUCUGUGUGCAACCUCGUAAUUAUUUAGUUCAGGUUUGGACUUGGGGAAGCUGAUCUGAGAUCUAUUCGAAGAACCUCCCUAAAGUCUAGAACCACAGACGGAUAGGACAACCACCAACACAAAACACCAAGUUCUUUUUAAAGAUCCUUACUGUCAUUUUAUUUUUUGUAAUUUGAAAUAGAUUUCUAAGUCUUUUAGUAAAUGAUUGUAAAGCCCAAUAUGGAUUUUUAUCUGACAUGAAUAUCUUAUUCUGUGCCGAUGUUUCUCUGGGUAACGAUCAAUCAGGGUUUUUUAUGAUUCGCCUCUGCUUCCAGGCCUCUGAAAAACUUCAAAUAUUUCUGCCAGAAUAAAUGUUUUAUAACAGUA